AUGUCGCUGCCGGUCGACGUUGUAGCGGCUGUUGAAGCCGAGCUGCAGAAAAGCAGCCCUCCCUUGUCGAUGUGGAACAGCAUCGUGCAAGUUUUGAAGCAGAGCAAGCUCGCUUGGACUGCAGUCCUAAGGGCAGAUUCCUUGCUGGUCCAUCCAGCAAACAGGGGCGGAAUGGGUGUGAACCCACACGCUUGCCAUGCUAAGGCUGCAUCUCUUAUGAAGACAGGAUGGGAUGCAUCCUUCCUGCACAGCAGCUUCUGCUUCGAAGUCUCUGAUGACCCAGCAGUUCGCCAAGCACAGUUCUCUUUCAACCAAGAGAUAGUGUCCCAGAGUGCGGGCUUGCUUGGAGCCGUGGGCCAGCAUGAGCGGCACCUGUCUGUUUCUGCUGGGCACACAAGCCAGUUUGUCAAGGCUGCAGCCCACGGAUGCAGGACUUCCGAAGCCACACUGGCUGACUCCACAGGAAAGCUGAACGUGCAGGCUCUGUGCGAGGAUGCCGAGUUCAAGAAGCUACUGCAAGUUGGGUGGACAUGGACUGUGGUCGCGAACUCGGUUGAAAAACAAUGGCCACAGUUGCCGAAAUUGGCCGAACGUGCACUGAAUGCGAGCAACAGUACAUUCUCGGGGCCCAACGAGCUUGAGCUUUGCUUGUACUUGGUUGAUCGCAGCAAAUGUGAGACGACCAACUUGCAGGAUGUGGCUGCAGAAGCAACCCAGGGUGGACCGCUUCACCACUAUGCCAAGCACUUGGCAACUUGGGUGACCCAGUUCUCCAACCAGGCAGCCUUCCUCAAGUUCCUCGUGCCGUUCUCGAAGCAAUUCGGCCAGAAUGUGAACUUGGGCGAAGACUUUUGGACAAGCCUUGUCAUGAACUUGCCCGAACAGUAUCCGUGCCUUCGGUUGGCCUUCUUGGCAACGAACUUCACCAGCCACAGGGUGAGCAACGGAUAUGCUCGCCUCCUGCUCAAAAGUGACGUCGAGAAGCUCAAGAACAAGAAGCUGCAAAGCUUGGGUCUUGAAGCCGAAGAGCUCCUCUACAAGGCCUGGAACCGCAUCGAAGCUUCGUUGCCCAGCAGUGCGAAGAACUUCGGUAUCCUUUGCCUUCGCAUCUGCUUGCAUGUCGUGGACAAAGAGAAAAUGGGCCGUGAAGGCAAGACUUAUGGCUCCUUGGCUGCCAUCUACUGGGAGUUCGAAGCUGACUUUGCAGCCUCAGCUCCGCCAGCGGCAAAGAGCUCUCCAGCGGCUAGCAGUACGUCGGCACCACUUGUGGCCUUGGGAGAAGCAUACGAUCCGCUGUGGUUGGCACAGCAAAAGAUGAAGUUGAAGAAAGGGCUCUUGUACACCUACGACGAAGGCCUGUG